GGCGGAUUGCAGGAAGAAAAGUAUGCAGAUAUGUUCCCUAGUUACCCACUUUCCCUUUAUUCUUUGAAGGCACAUAACAACAACAAAGUGAAUAGUAAGAGGUGUCAGUGCUUUGUUAUGGAGGUUCAAGCGCAAAUGAAAUUGCAACCUCUGACAUAUGAGGACUUUACCUAAACUCAGAUGCAUAUGUGUUGGUUCUAAUUAUACAGGAGAGACCUGGAAAACAAUGUGGUUGUGAUAGCCAGAACGGCCAGAAGUACUUUGUUUUGUUUUAUUACUUUGUGACCCUGCUAAUGAAAAUAGUUCUGGGGUUGAACUUGUCUGAAUAGUCAUGCCUUAGGUUAGUCCUUUUUGGUCUGAAUGCUUUGCCACCCUGCUGGUUUAUUGCUGCUGUGUUAACUCCCCGAUUUUUGUAUUUUACAGUGCAAUCUUGUGCAUGUCUAUCCUAAAGUACGUCCCAUAGCUUUAUUCCCAGAGUAGUUUGUAUAGGAUUGCAGCCUUAUUGUAAUAUUACUGUGAUUCUGUUGUAUAUUUUUCAUCUUGGGAGCUCUUGUAGCUGAAAGUCUGGAAGUAAAUGUAAAAAAUAAAAUACUACCCAGUAUCAUUCCAUGCUAAAAUUAAUCUGGCCAUACUGAUGCCAAAUCCAGCCAUACUAACCUGAGAUCUAGCUAAUCUGGGAUCAGUUACGGAAUUUGCAAGUUCAACCCCAGAACUAUUUUCAAUACAAGGUGUCAGCCCAGAAACACACAAAGUGCAUCUGGCAUGUUCACAGGGCUUCAGAGUCUCCUCCUGAAUAACUAGAACCAUUCCAUACAUAUAAAAUAACAUAUAAUAGUUUAGACUUGACAUCAGUAGGAGAUGAGGCUCAAGCAGUUGUGUCAAAAGCUUCAUGGGGAGAAGGUGAGUUUUGAGAUAUUUACAUGCAGCAUAUGUUGUCUGUCACAACAUUAUAAUAUAUUGGUAUCUGGUCACCUAAAUGAAAACUGAGCAAGGACGUGCUUGUUGGGACAUGUUGUCAAAGGAAUUUUACAUGUACAAUUAAACUCCUUAACACAUACACAAAACAGUAACGCAAAAGAGCCAGAGGAAUACAGGGUUACCCUGCUAAUCACAGGAGCAGAUAAGAAACAUACAUACAUGGUACAUACAUCAGCCUCAGCCUGCUGAAAAUGAUCUGGAGGGUGGAGGGUAGAGGGUCGAAGCCUGCAAGGGAGCCCAAGAACUGCACCUUGCCCAGGGCCCCAUCAAACCUGGAGCUGGCCCAGGAUGAGAGAUGAUGUGUGACAAUGGAAAGCUGGGGAAGGAAUGCUCCGUCAUCAACAUACAGGAGCAAUUUGCAUAGUUCGGCGAUGUGCUGCAUGAAGAAGUACUUCCCGCCCCCAGGAUAAUAAAAGGGUGGAUAGACUGGAAAUACCAGGCAAGAGCAAGAAGAGGUUCUCAGGAAGAGGGGGAAGUUGACUUGACAAAGCAGUGGGAAACAUAAGAUAUCAUCUGAGAUAGACUUGAAAGUAACUACAAAUUAAGAAACAAAUGCAAUCCUGAAUCUGAGUUUGUCAUUUUUGAACAUAUUCUAAAUUCAAGAAGAGGAAAGGAAGGUUUUAUGAUAAACCUAAAUCAUGGAGGGACUCUUGCAUUAUAUAAAUCCAGCACAUGCUAUUUCCCUCCUAAGUGCUUUAAAUGAGGAACGUCUAAAAGGGCAACUCUGUGAUGUUGUUCUGAUAGUGGGAGACCAAAAGUUUCGAGCUCAUAAAAAUGUUCUGGCUGCCAGCAGUGAAUAUUUUCAGACUCUGUUCACUAAAAAAGAAAAUGAGUCUCAAUCAGUGUUUCAGCUUGACUUCUGUGAACCAGACACCUUUGACAAUGUAUUAAACUACAUUUACUCAUCAUCCUUGUUUGUUGAGAAAAGCAGCCUUGCUGGUGUGCAAGAAGUAGGGUACAGUCUUGGAAUUUCCUUUCUUACUAACAUUGUUUCCAAAAGUCCUCACGUUCCUUUGCCUGCAUGUCCCAUUAAGAAAAUACUGUUCCAAGAGGAAGAUGAAAGCUGUUCCCAGAAAAGAAGUGUCAUAGUUUGUCAGAGUAAAAGUGAAGCACAGGGGGAAAAUGUUGGUCAAACCCCACAUGACAUAAGCCAUAGUUCUAAACCCUUGUCCUCAGUUGCUGUCAAAACUAAGUGGCCACAAGUAACACAGUCAACUGAGUUUCUACAUAGCCUAUCACUAAAUGAAAGGAGAUGGCUGAAAGACAGUUCUUUAAGAUACUCCAAGUCUCAUGAACCUUCAGCUGCAGCGGAUGAUCAAAGCAGAACUAAAAGGAAUGCAGUAUUGUCGCAGAAAAUGGCUGCAGACAAGGAAGUGGGAGCAGAUGAACCAGGAGGAAGCGAUCAGUUCCUAAGAGGAAAGGCAGCAGAAGUACCCUUGAAAAGGCCUUGCCCACCAGUCUUAUCUUUAUGUAGCUCAUCGGAAUCAACAUUUUUGUUGAAAGAGACAGGAAAAGGAGCUGGUCCAGGGGAAGACAGGAAUUUGCUGUACUACUCAAAGUUAGGAUUAGUCAUCCCAUCUAGAGUAUCUGGUCCUGAGAAUCAAAGUAUUGACAGGAGUGGGCCACUUGUAAAAAGUCUCCUUCGAAGGUCAUUGUCCAUGGAUAGUCAAGUUCCUGUUUAUUCACCUUCUGUUGACUUUAAGCUUUCUCAAGGAUCUUCAGUGGUGAACAACACACAAGGGAGAAUGUUAAACGUAAUAUCCCAAAAGUCAUCCAUGAAAGAGUCUUCAGAAAAGGCAGCUCCUGAUGAUAAGAUACAGGUAAUGCACCCACAUCGCCUUAGAUCUUUUAGUGCUUCUCAGUCAGUAGACAGGGAGGUAGCUUCACCUCUUAGAGAAAUGCGAAUUAAAACUGAACCUAGCAGUCCACUUUCAGAUCCUUCUGAAAUAAUAAGAAUAACUGUGGGGGAUGCUUCAUCUGCCAAUAAAAAUAACCCUUUUAAAAUGGAGGAUGACCAUAGGGAUCUCAGUAGACUUCCAGCUAAAAGAAGGUUUCAAGCAGACAGAAGGCUACCACUCAAAAAAAUUAAGGUGGAUGAACAUGCUUCGCCUGAGCCAGGAGACAGUUUUGAGGAAAAUUCAAAUCCUACACCCCUUGAUGCUGAUUUCCCAGAUUCUGGCAUUAGCAAAGACGAAUAUGGUGAGCUGGAAGAAACAAAGCCUAACAAAAAGUUUAAGUGCAAACAUUGCCUUAAGAUUUUCAGGUCAACAGCAGGCCUUCAUCGUCAUGUCAAUAUGUACCAUAACCCUGAAAAACCGUAUUCUUGUGAUAUUUGUCAUAAGAGAUUUCACACAAACUUCAAAGUUUGGACGCAUUGCCAGACUCAGCAUGGAAUUGUGAAGAAUCCUUCACCUGCUUCCAGUUCACACGCUAUCUUGGAUGAAAAAUUCCAAAGGAAAUUAAUUGAUAUAGUGAGGGAACGAGAGAUUAAAAAGGCCCUGAUUGUUAAACUAAGACGUGGCAAGCAAGGUUUUCAGGGACAGACUGGUUCACAAGCACAGCAAGUAAUCAAAAGAAACCUAAGGUCAAGAACCAGAGGAGCCUACAUAUGCACCUAUUGUGGGAAAGCGUAUCGCUUCUUGUCACAAUUUAAGCAGCAUAUAAAAAUGCACCCAGGGGAAAAACCCGUUGGAGGAAAUAAGGCUCUUAAACCAAAAGAAGAUACUCGUAUUGAAAGCCCAGUAGAAAACAAAAAAGUUUACCAGUGCCAUCUUUGUAAUGCUAAGUUUUCCUCUCUUAUCGAACAGGGAAAUCAUGAGCGGCUCUGCCGGAAUGCAACAGUUUGCCCGUACUGCAGCCUUCGUUUUUCUUCUCUAGACCUGAAGCAUGACCAUGAAAUCACAUGUGAAUAUAAGAAGCUAACCUGCCUAGAAUGUAUGCGCACUUUUAAAUCCUCCUUCAGUAUUUGGCGUCAUCAAGUUGAAGUCCACAAUCAAAAUACUAUGGCUCCGACAGAGAAUUUGUCUUUGCCAGUUCUGGAGCACAACGGUGAAGUAAGUAGCGCUUCUAGACUGCAUUCUCAAUUAGAGCCUAACAAGAUGAACAACUUUGUUGCAGCCAAAGAAGAUGGUGUGUUCAGUGAUUCGUCGGAACAGAUUAAUUUUGACUCAGAAGAUUCCUCCUGCCUCCCUGAAGAUCUUAGUGUUUCCAAACAGUUUAAAAUUCAUAUCAAAGAAGAACCUGCAGAUGAUGUAGAGGAGGAGGUCUCUGAAGGCAACCAGGAACCCAAAGAAACAGUUGCCAAUAAAGAUUCUGGACUGUGGCCCUGUGAAAAAUGUGGGAAAAUUUUUACUGUACACAAGCAGCUAGAGCGUCACCAGGAGCUUUUGUGUUCUGUGAAGCCCUUUAUUUGCCAUGUGUGCAACAAGGCCUUCCGCACCAAUUUCCGUCUGUGGAGUCACUUCCAGUCCCAUAUGGCACAAGCUACAGAAGAGCCUGUGCGAAGAGAACCUGAUAUGUGUGCACCAGCUAAUUCUCCAUCACCCCCACCUUUGCCUCCACCCCCACCCCUUCCCAAAAUACAACCUUUGGGACCUGAUAGCCCUACAGGCUUGUCAGAAACUCCUUCAGCUACUGAGAAAUUAUUUGUUCCUCAGGAAUCGGACACACUCUUUUAUCAUGCUCCACCACUUUCAGCUAUCACAUUCAAAAGACAGUAUAUGUGCAAACUUUGCCAUAGGACAUUCAAAACUGCAUUUAGUCUUUGGAGUCAUGAACAGACCCACAAUUAAAAUAAAAGGCAAAAAGAAUACAAGGAGUUUUAAAAAUCUGUUUAAUUUCCAUGAUGAUUUUGAAGUUACAGCAUUUGUAUAAAAAAGGAAAAUUUAUAUAUAAAGUGACAAGAGCCCCCAACAACUAAAAUUGACAUUUUGUGAUGCUUUAGAUGUGGAGAUUAAGUUAAACUAAACUUAUUGUUAGUAGAUUAAAUUGCUCACAUUUUUAAGGCAUGGUGGUCUAGGAUCUACCUACCUACCAAAUAAUUGCAUUCAUUUUAAAUAAUUUAUCCUGUGAUUCUAGUACAUAUGGAUUUAUAUUAAAAAAGCAACAGCAAUUUAAAAAUAGUUUAGCAUAAUGGAAAUCCUGCAGCAGCUUAUUGUUUUCACAGAGCAACUCUCAUGGGCUCCAUCUAAAUACUGGCCAUUCAUUUGAUGUUAAGGGAAGAAAUAGAUUGAAUGUUUUGCUGUGUUGACCUUGAUCUUAUUGAAAGUUAGCAAUAACAAAUAAAACCUUGUUUGAAUUAA